AUAAAAGUGGAGAAGAUUAUUGUAAGUCGUUAACAUCGAGGACUAAUGUGGAUAUUAGACAUUGGUUAAAAAUUCGCACCGGAUUUAGUUUGUGCGUAACAUGGGACGAGUUCAUCCUCUUCGUGUGGUUCCUUGUGUUAUUUAUUUCUUAUUUCUACUGAACUCUCAAAAUGCACAGAAAGAACCAAGCUGCGGCCGCGCAAAAAGUUGUAGUGAAUGCAUGGGGAUACGUCCAGCCUGUUCGUGGUGUAGUGCUGAUGAAUUUGAUGAUACGAAAGAAGGUCCAGGGUUCCGAUGUGCUCCAUCUUCAGUCUUAUUGGCUCGUGGAUGUCCACAAAGUAGUAUAGAGGACGUGGAAUCUGUGUUCUUAGAUCAUGGGGUUCCUCUUGAUCAAGCCAGUUUAGCCGAAGAUAUACAACUUACUCCACGAUCACAAUCAAUAAAGGUCAGACCUGGAGGGACUAUGAUGGUCAAUUUCACAUUCCAGUCUAUUUCGGAUUACCCCGUUGACCUUUAUUUUUUGACAGAUCUCAGUUAUACAAUGAUUGAUGACUUGGAAACAGUUUCUCGUUUGACUAACGAUAUCGUGUUAACUAUGCGUAAUGUAACAAAAAAGUUGCAGAUGGGAUUCGGCGCCUUUGUAGACAAACCAGUGUUUCCCUUUGUUGUGCCGACUCCAGAAUACCUUCGAAAUCCAUGUUUGAAUGUUGGUACUAAAAAUCUCCAUUGCGAUCCUCCAUUCUUGUACAAACACAUUUUGUCACUAACCGAUAAUUUUGAGGAGUUCCGCGAAAAAACAAAAGUAGCACGUCCUUCAGGUAAUCUGGAUAGUCCAGAGGGUGGUAUGGACGCAUUACUUCAGGUUGCCCGAUGCAGUGAAGCUAUUGGAUGGCGUGCUGGUGCCCGUAAAAUUGUGCUAUUUGCUUCUGAUGGUGGAUUUCAUUUGGCUGGUGAUGGUCGAAUAGCCGGAUUAAUAUUGCCUCCUCCAACUACUUGUCAAUUAACUUAUCAGGCUGAUCGAUUCAAUUCUUCACUUAAGUACCUCGGCUGGCAUAAUUCUGAUCAAACUGAUUAUCCUAGCGUUGGAGAGAUUGCUCAAGUUCUAACUGAAGCUGACAUCAGCGUGAUUUUUGCAGUUGAUAGUAAAUUACACGGUUUGUAUACUAAAUUGGCUGAAUUCUUGCCAAGCGCAGCUGUUGGCAUCCUAACUGAUAGUUCAACCAACAUUGUUCGCUUAUUACGUGAUAAUUAUGAUAAAAUUGUUAACAAAGCUGAGCUAAUGGCUACUUAUGAUGCAGAUUAUCUGGAAGUUCAAGUAUUUUCCAAGUGUAAUGAUGAAAAUGAAUUCUCAAAGAAAACAGUAUGUAAUGAUCAUCCAGUUGGUGGUAAAAUAGGUUAUCAAAUAUCUAUCAAAGCUAAACGAUGUUUUGAAGGUGUUAAAAAAGUCACUUUAAAAAUGGUAGCAUUAGAAGACCAAGCUGUACUUGGUGUUCAGACAGCUUGUUCUUGUCCUAGCUGCGAGAAAAUGCCAAUGCCCAAUUCUUUAACUCCUUUCUCUGCAAGAUGUCAAUUACGUGGACAUUUACAUUGUGGUGAGUGUAAAUGUCAAUCUGGGUACUCUGGUGACUUUUGUGAAUGUUCUGCUGAGGCUAGUGCUGAAGGGGAUGCUGCUAUGCUAGCACAAUGUACUGAAUAUGGAGUUAAAGAGCCUUGCUCAGGUCGUGGUCGUUGUGUAUGUGGAAAGUGUAAAUGUAAUCUAGCACGUUAUGAAGGUACUUUUUGUGAAUGUGAUCGACAUGGAUGUAAACGUGCUUCAGAUGAUAAUCAAGUUUGUGGAGGACCACAACGUGGGACUUGUCAAUGUAAUGGCACCUGUGAAUGCAAGCCAGGUUAUACUGGAGAUCGCUGUGAUUGUAUGGAAAGCGAGAAACAAUGUAUUGAUCCAAACAAUCCAUCAGGCCCUAAAUGUUCUGGUCGUGGUGUAUGUGACUGUGGUCAGUGCUUCUGUAACAGUGGUUAUACUGGUCAUUUAUGCAAUGAAAUUCAAGGUGGUGAAUCUGCUUUAUGUACAGAUCGUGAUGUAGAAAAGUGUGUUCUAUGUUUACGUGAUUCAUUGGUGAAAAGUUUUGAUAUGGAUGAAAAGUUGAAAAAUGAUGAGAUCACAAAAACAGACAGUGAAUCAGAGGAUGAAUCAUUGAAAUUCAACCAAAGACAACCUAUGUCAACGAUUUAUUCAUCAAAAGAGUAUGCAUUAGCUGCUACACAAUGCGAGUCUUCAUGUAAUGGAACUGUUGUAGAUACGAGUCGAGUGAAACUAGUUGAAGUUAGUGAACAAAAAGAUGAUUCAAAUCUUUGCAUUAUUUACACGGAAGAUAAUUGUCGAGUAUUCUUCACCUAUCGUUACUCUGAUGCAAUCUAUGUUAAUCGUAAAGUUGAUUUAAAUAUUAUCCGAAAAAGUGAAUGUACAAAAACAAUCAAUAUUCUUUACAUUGUUCUCGGUGUCAUUGCAGCUAUUGUACUUGGAGGAUUAAUACUUUUAUUAAUUUAUAAACUAGUCAUUACAAUUGAUGAUCGUCGUGAAUUGGCCAAUUUUAAACAACAAGGUGAAAAUAUGCGUUGGGAAAUGGCUGAAAAUCCUAUUUUCGAAUCACCAACAACUAAUGUUUUAAAUCCAACUUUUGAAGAAAACGGAUAUUGAUCAAACAUUGAUAAGAAAGAGAGGGAGAGAGAGGAUAUCAGCAAAUGUGGAAUAAUUCUUUCAUUUGAUGAUAAAUAAAAGUUAUGAUCUCCCCUGUUUUUUCCUCUCUCUCUCUCUUCAUUUUUGCAUAUUUUAUACGCAUAUAUCCAAGCGGUCGUAAUAUAUGAUGUAUAUCUCUAAGCGCUUGUUAUAUAUACCUUUUAUACCGAAAUAAUAUAACACAAAUAUACAAUUCUCUUUGUGCCUUAUGGUUAAUAUUAUUAUUUGAAACAUAAACUUCAUGACAGGAAGACUUAAUUACACAGCUGUGUUAAUAAUGUCUAUUGUCAACUAAUCACCACUACAAUGUGUUUUUUUUCUGCUUUAUAUCAUCAUUACAGCUUUUUAUUCUCAUGAAUGAAUUGUGCAUGCAUUUUUGUUUAUUACUAGUUGUUUUAUUUUGUUUUUCUCUCUUUCUCUUCUUUUUUUAUAAGUAACUAAUAUUACUACUUUUAUGUUGUAAUUAUAUACAAUUGUGUUACUAAACAAUGAUUUAUAACACUGAAUGUAAUGAUAAUGAAUAUGGAAUGAUAAAAAAAUGGUGGUGGGGGGUCUCGGUUGAGUAUUUGUUUGCCCCAAAAAACGAAAACAAUCUAACCGUACAUUGUUUAUUUAGUUCAAUUUUUCGGGGGAUUUUUUCUUUUAUACGGUGUUAUUUUAUGUUUAUGCUGUUAUGUAAACAAUGCACAAAUAAUGUGUAUUUAUUUUAUUGUAUUUGCUAGAUAAAUUGCUUCAGACUUAUUAAUUAAAAUAUUAUAAGUUGAUUAAUUUUUCUAUUAUUUUAUCUUAAUUUAUAUGAUUGUAUGUAUGUGUAUGAGAAUGAUAAUAUAAAUUUAUCAGUA